AUGAGCUCCAGCCGGCCGGGAACCUGCCCUUGCCAGGGUGCUGCAGGCCGCCCAACCAUUCUGUAUGCACUUCUGAGUCCCAGCAUCAGGGACCGGCCCUCUGUGCCCCCAGCCCGUGGCCACUGCCUGUGCAGGCAGCACCGGCCUGUCCGGUUGUGUACUCCCCAUCGCACCUGCCGGGAGGCCUUGGAUGUUCUGGCCAAGACGUUGGCCUUCCUCAGGAACCUGCCGUCCUUCUGCCAGCUGCCCUCUCAGGAUCGGAGGCAGCUGCUUCAGGGCUGCUGGGGCCCCCUCUUCCUGCUUGGAUUGGCCCAAGACACUGUGACCUUCGAGGUGGCUGAGGUCCCGGUUCCCAGCAUACUCAAGAAGAUCCUGCUGGAGGAGCCCAGCAGCGGUGCAGGAAGCGGCCAGGUGCUGGAUCGGCCCCAGCCCUCACUGGCUGCCGUGCAGUGGCUUCAGUGCUGCCUGGAGUCCUUCUGGAGUCUGGAGCUGGGCCCCAAGGAAUAUGCCUACCUGAAAGGGACCAUCCUCUUCAACCCUGACAUGCCAGGCCUCCACGCCUCCUCCCACAUCGGGCACCUGCAGCAGGAGGCGCACCAGGCACUGUGGGAGGUCCUGGAGCCCUGGUGCCCAGCAGGCCAAAGCCGCCUGGCUCGUGUCCUCCUCACGGCCUCCACUCUCAAGUCCAUUCCAACCAGCCUGAUUGCAGACCUCUUCUUUCACCCUGUCAUUGGAGACGUUGACAUCGUUGGCCUCCUCGAAGACAUGCUUUUGCUGAGCUGA